AUGGCCGAUGACGCUUCUCCGUCGACAUCUGCCCGCCCUUUGUUGCGUCAUGCGAAUAGCGGCGGCCACCACAACAGCACCCACGGUAACGGCAGAGCAGACGGCAACAGUAAAGCGACGGCCACGAGCUCAGGCAUCAGCGCGCCGCCGGGCCACGCCUUUAGACGAGCCAAGACGGUUGCCGAGAGCAACCCCGGGAUGGCGCACCUUUCGACAGCCUCGCGCCGCUUCUCGUCCGACUCGAGCGCCCUUGAGUCGCCGCCGCAACCGCAACCUAGGAGGAGCUCCAACUUUUCCGACUACGGCGUCAACGAGGCCCGGUCAAUCUUGAACCCGCAUAGCAAAGCCGCCGCGCAGGGCGGCGCCGACCAAGGCGGGGAGCUGUCGUCGCUCGCUGGUCUGUCGCUGGCAUUUGCCCUGCUUCCCGCCAUUGCCGGCGCACUCUUCACCAACGGAGGCGCCGUGACGACGGACAUUAUGCUGCUGGGCUUGGCCGGUGUCUUUCUGCACUGGUCCGUAACGCAACCAUGGCUGUGGUACCACUCGGCACAGCAGGUGCGCAUCGAACAUGAAGCGAAUUCUGCGGAUGCCGUCUUUGAAGACGACUUGGACGACAGCGACGAUGACGACGACGAUGACGAGUACGCAGACGGAGCUUCGCACCUGGACCAUGUUUCGGAAGAAGAGACGGCACACGCCAAGGCAGACAAUGUGGCACCGGGAAAGCAAACGACGACAUCGGCCACGCAACAAUCUGCCCUCAGCGAGCUCUACCUGCACGAAGUAACGGCCCUUGUGUCGUGCUUCUCGUUGCCGCUCAUCAGCGCCUUUCUCCUGCACAUGAUUCGCUCGCAGCUGAGCCGUCCGUCUGAGGGCCUCGUCUCCAACUACAAUCUGACCAUCUUCAUCCUCGUCUCCGAGGUACGCGUGCUCUCGCACAUGAUCAAGCUGGUGCAGGCGCGCACGCUGCACCUGCAGCGCGUCGUGCACAGCGACCCAUUUGGCGCGCUGCCCGCCGCCAACAGCCUGCGCAUCAAUGCCAUACUUGAGCGCCUGGACGGGCUCGAGUCGGACGCGGCGGCGACUCGCAACGCCGUCCUUGCUGAGGAAAACGAAGCCGAGCCCGACGGCGAUCAGGAGACCGCCAAGGCCGCGCAAGAGGCUGUCCUGGCCAAGGACGUACGCAACGCCAUCCAGCCGGAACUCGACGCGCUCAACCGCGCCGUGCGCCGCUACGAGAAAAAGUCGACGCUGCUGCAGUCUCACGUCGACGCCCACUUUGCCGCCAUGGAUGCGCGCGUCCAGGACGCCAUUGCGCUCGCCGCCGUUGCUGCCAAAAACAGCGCCCGGAGCAGCAUCCUGGUGCGCGGCUUUGACGCCGUCGUGGCCAUGGUGCUGUUUCCGUUCAACGCCGUGCUGAAGCUCCUGCUCCUGCCCAUCCAAUGGCUGUUCUCGCUCACGCGCGGCGGCGGGAGGAAGAAGAAGAAGCAGAACAAUAUAGCGAGCGGCGCGGGCGGCGGCGGCACUCAGCUUACAGGAAGCAAAACCUCUUCUCGAGCCGUGCGAGGGAGCAAAAUGACAAGCCAGCCACGCUACAAUGGCGAUCAGAUGCCAUCGCGGCUAGCACGGAAAUGA